AUGGGAGGUUGCUGUUGUUGUUCUUCUUCUUCACGAAGAGCUGAUGUAGAUAAUGGACCUGCCUACUAUUACUAUCCGAGGGCAACAGAAGAGCGUGUGCCAUUAUCGUCAGCUCAUAACAGGACUUCCUCUGCAAUCUCAUCAGGUGUUGUGGUAGUAGACACAAACUUAGAGACAUCAUCUCCUGACGCUUACAUACCACCGCCACCGCCUAUUCCUUUCGAUGUGCCUAUUGGGAUCCCUCAGACACCAGGAGGAAACGGUGAAGAGACUGCUUGCGUUGAUAUAAGAGAGGUUUCAGUAGAAACAGCCGCUAAUACUGAGCCUGCUCAAGAAACAGUCGACGGCAUCACUCUCGGGGUUCCAACUACAUGCUCGUAUAAAGAAACAGACGGCAAAAUCGAUCUUGAAUCUACUGAAGAGAUAGACCCGAAGCUAACAAAAGACGUCUUUGUACCGAUAGAGGAAGAGGAAGACUGUCCCAUAUGUCUUGAAGAAUACGAUACCGAGAACCCGAAACUUGUAGCCAAAUGUGAUCACCAUUUUCACCUCGCUUGCAUUCUAGAAUGGAUGGAGAGAAGUGAAACCUGCCCCGUCUGCAACAAGGAAAUGGUGUUCGACUCUCCUCUUGACUAA